AGUAUAUUUAGGGGAAAAAGAGAAAUCAUUAUUGGAGACAAAUAAGAAUGAUUCAAACAGUACCUCAUUUUCAGAGCUUGGAAGAAGCACCCUAAAAUCAAGCUUGAAGCACAAACCUGCUUUAGUUUAACAUACUGGAGGACACAAUCUGCUGAUAGUUUUAAUGCUGAUUUCUUUUUCAGUUCAGAAUCCAAUAUAUGGAUAACAUUUAUAUUGCUGCUAAAAGUAUUUCAGACUAUAUAUAUGAAUUUAAAGUUUUGUUAUCAGGGAAUCAUGUGAGAGUUCUGAUCUUUCAUUAGCUUGUAGUUUUCAGUCAAUUUUAGCACGGAACCCGUUGUACUUGCAGGUGUUCAGAUUCUGUAUUUUUAAUUUCCACAUUGAAUCAUGGCUUGGAUGACUUACAUUUCCCACUGGUUUGAUGAAGAUGAUUGGUAUGCAGGACAGCAACGAGCAAAAAUGUCACAUGUUAGGCAAGUGGGUCUUCUAGCUGCUGGAUGUCAGCCAUGGAACAAGGAUGUUUGUGCUGCUAGUGGGGAUAGAUUUGCCUACUGUGCUACACUUGCUAUUUAUAUAUAUCAGCUGGAUCACCAAUACAAUGAAUUCAAGCUCCGAGCUAUUAUGUCUGAGCAUAAGAGGACAAUCACAGCCAUAUCUUGGUGUCCACACAAUCCUGACAUGUUUGCGAGUUCCAGCGCAGAUAGUUUAGUAAUUAUUUGGAAUGUGACUGAACAGAAAGUUGUGGCCAAACUGGAUGAUACAAAAGGAAUUCCUGUGUCACUUAGCUGGUGCUGGAAUGAAGAUGACACAGUUGCGUUUGUUUCCCACAGAGGUCCCUUGUACAUUUGGACUAUCUCAGGACCUUUCAAUGUGGUAACGGCACAUGAAGGAGCACAUAGUUUCUUGUCGGAUAUCUGUCUGUUUAGGUGGCAUCCAACAAGAAAAGGGAAAGUAGUCUUUGGACACUCUGAUGGAAGUCUGUCUAUUUUUCAGCCAGGUUUUCGAAACCAGAAGCAUGUCUUAAGACCAGAAUCUCUAAAAGGAGCAGAUGAAGAAGAUCCAGUUACAGCACUGGAGUGGGACCCUUUGUCAAAUAACUAUCUUCUUGUUGCAAAUUUACAUAAUGGCAUUCAACUAGUUGAUUCAGAAUCUGCAUUCUGUCUUGUAAAAUUUAAUUUUCCCAAUGCAGCAGCAUCUGUUCGGUGUUUAGCCUGGGUUCCUAGUGCACCCGGAAUGUUUAUAACUGGAGAUUCUCAAGUUGGUGUGUUACGUAUUUGGAAUGUUUCGCGUACAGCGCCUAUCGAUAAUUUAAAAUUGAAGAAUUCUGGCUUCCAUAGUUUGCACGUGCUAAGUUCUCCUCCAAAGAAGAAGUCGUUCUCGUUUCCAUCUCCUACUAAAUAUCCUCAUACAUCCUCGACAAGUGAGGCUGUUCCUCCUCCGACUUUAUCACAAAAACAAGCGUUUUCUCUUCCUCCUGGCCAUAUUGUCUGUUGUUUCAUGGAUGGUGGUGUUGGCCUUUAUGAUAUGGGAGCCAGAAAGUGGAAUUUCCUCAGAGAUUUGGGACAUAUUGAGACCAUCUUUGAUUGUGAAUUCAAACCUGAUAAUCCUGAUCUUCUUGCUACAGCUUCAUUUGAUGGUACAAUAAAAGUUUGGGACAUAAAUACUUUAACAGCGGUUUACACAUCUCCUGGUAAUGAGGGGGUUAUUUAUUCCAUUUCAUGGGCUCCAGGAGAUCUGAACUGCAUAGCAGGUGCAACAUCCAGAAAUGGUGGCUUCAUCUGGGAUGUCCCAAGAGGCAAAAUAAUAACACGAUUCAGUGAGCAUGGAAGGAAUGGAAUCUUCUGCAUUGCCUGGAGUCAUAAAGAUUCCAAAAGAAUAGCAACCUGCAGCGAUGAUGGAUUUUGUAUUAUUCGAACCAUUGAUGGCAAUGUUCUUCACAAGUACAAACAUCCAGCUGCAGUGUUUGGCUGUGACUGGAGUCAAAACAACAAAGAUAUGAUAGCUACUGGUUGUGAGGAUAAAAAUGUUCGUGUUUAUUACUUGGCAACUAGCUCUGAUCAGCCACUGAAAGUUUUUACUGGACAUACUGCAAAGGUGUUUCAUGUACGGUGGUCUCCUCUGAGAGAAGGAAUCCUCUGCAGUGGCUCUGAUGAUGGUACUGUUCGAAUAUGGGAUUAUACACAGGAUGCUUGUAUAAAUAUUCUUAGUGGACAUAGAGCUCCAGUACGAGGACUGAUGUGGAAUCCUGAAAUUCCAUACCUUCUGGUAUCUGGCAGUUGGGACUAUUCAAUUCAAAUCUGGGACACAAGAGACGGAACAUGCUUGGACACUGUUUAUGAUCAUGGAGCGGAUGUAUAUGGAUUAACAUGUCAUCCUAGUCGACCGUUUACUAUGGCAUCUUGUUCUCGUGACUCUACUGUGAGACUUUGGUCACUGACACCUCUUAUAAAUCCUCUACCGAUAAAUAUCUUAGCAGAUAGAUGUUGGGAUGAGGUUAUUGGUAAUAUAGAUCGUGCUGUAGAAUCUGGUGCUCCUCCUUUGCUGUGCGGUAAAGUUUCCAGAGAUAUUAAGCAAGUAGUGGAAAACACGAUAGGAAAUCCUCGAGGAGAAAAACUAAGGUGGUUUUCAGAAUGUUUUUCCCCUCCAGGAGGCAGCAAAAAUUUGUGGAAUUUAGUUGCUGUAAUAAAAGGACAGGAUGAUAGUCUGCUUCCACAAAAUUACUCCAAAGGAAUUAUGCAUGUCAAACAUCUUGUUAGAUUUAGAAUGUCUGAAGCGCAUGAACUGACAGCAGUAAAAAUGUCCAAGUUUGGAGGUGGUAUUGGUGCACCAAGUAAAAAGGAAACGCUUAAAGAAGCUGCAGAAAUACAUUUAAGAUUAGGACAAGUUCAGCGAUAUUGUGAACUGAUGGUAGAGCUUGGAGAGUGGGAUAAAGCACUGUCAGUUGCACCUGGUGUAUCGAUGCAGUAUUGGAGGAAGUUAAUGCAAAGGAGAGCUGAUCAGUUAAUUCAGGAAGAAAGUGAUGAUGUCAUCCCAUACUGUAUGGCUACUGGAGAUGUGAAGAAACUAGUUGCCUUCUUUACUUCAAGAGGGCAGCUGAAAGAGGCUCUGCUUGUUGCUCAGGCAGCUUGUGAAGGAAAUACACCGUUCUCCACAAUGAGUGGAUCUUCAAAUUCUGAUUUAAACAAUACAGAUGAUUAUAAUGUGCUUCUUCAGAAAGUCAGUGAAGAACUGGCAGAAUGGUAUUUCCAAGAUGGCCGUGCAGUGCUUGCCGCGUGUUGCCAUCUGGCUGUUGAAAACAUAGAGCUUGCAAUGGCAAACCUGAUUCGUGGAAAUGAACUGGAGUUGGCAAUCAGUGUGGGUACUGUCUUAGGAGAAAGUGCAGCGCAAGCAACACAUUAUGCCCUAGAAUUACUAGCAAGAAAAUGUAUGACAGUAACAACAUGCUUUCCAUCACUUGGAUACAGGGACUUAGCAGCUGAUCUUCUUAUGAUGAUUCCUGAUAAUAAGCUGCAGUUGAUAAAACUUUGUGCUUUUUAUCCUGGAUGCACAGCUGAAAGAAAUGACCUACAUGAAAAGUGUAAUCUUCCUGAUGUAGAAGAGUGUAUGCGAUUGGCAGAAACAACUGAGGCACUCGGUGAUAUAUUUGAAACAAUAAAGUACUAUCUGCUAAGCAAUGAACCAGAAAAAGCUCUCCCUAUUGGCAUUCAGUAUGUGAAAGAACAACUCCGUGACACAGAUUGGACUUUAGAUUCAAUAUGUCCAUACCUUGACCUUCUAAGUUACAUUCGCACUGAACAAUUAAUGUUGAGUAACUGUACACAAUUUCGGAAUGAGUUGCUAAUUUUGUGUGGUUACAUCGGUGCUUUACUUGCUAUCAGAAGACAGUACAAUAGCAUUGUACCUGCACUUUAUGAAUAUACAAGCCAGCUUUUAAAAAGACGGAAAGUAUCUGUACCGUUGAAAAUUGAACAGCUCUCUGAGGAAUUAGAUGCGUGGAGAGCCUUCACUCAAUCAACCAAACCUACCAAUGAAUUGCCAUCCACUCCACCAUCUGAGUCACAGAAAAAGGUGUAUUCAAUACUGGUAUCACGGAUACAAGAGGAGCCUCUGAAAGGAAUGAUUGGACCUGACUAUGUCGCUGGAUCAAAUCUUCCCAGCCAUUCAGAUGUUCACAUCUCUUGUUUGACAGGGCUAAGGAUACAGGGUCCAGUGUUCUUCCUUGAGGAUGGAAAAUCUGCAGUUUCACUGAAUGAUGCUUUGAUGUGGGCCAAAGUGAAUCCAUUUUCACCACUAGGAACUGGAAUACGACUUAACCCAUUUUGAUGCAGCAUUUUCCUCUUAAAAUAACACUGAUUGUGAAAGGACAGAAAGAUGGUAGUCAAACUCUCUUGGGAGACAAGCACUUGGACUUUUAAAAUUGUAAAAUGAGAACAACAAAAAAAGAUUUCUAUAGAAAUGUUUGUUGAUUAUCCAAAGAAGUAGUUAUUGAGAAUCCAAAGAAAAAAAUCCUAACUUAAUUGACAGCCAUGUCUUUUUUUAAUACAAAUUGUUGUUAGCGCAGACAUAUUUCAGCUAAACUUGCAUAAACAAAUGCCUUUAAAGCUCAUAGGCAACCUUAGAUAUUAUCAAAAUACAGAUAAACUGUGAAACUCAUAAACACUUUCAAAGGAUUAAUGACUUCAUGAAUAGCCACUGCAACUUGUUUUAGAAUGACUGUAAUCACACAGUGACUACUUUUUUAGUUAGUUUUUAAACAGGAUUCUAGAGCAAAAGUAAAAUUUCAAAAGUGCAUAGGUGACUUUUGCAUUCAUUAGUUACAUGCAUCAUUAAUAGUAAUUCAAAGAUGUUUAUUAAUGUUUUGUUAAGAGAGGUUUGAAUGUCUAGAUUAUAAUAGUACAUUCUCUAAGAAGUUCAUCUUUGGCACUUUGUCCCCCCGUAUACUCUCACUGAAAGCUAAGAUGUAUUUAUAAAACCUUUUUUUUAACAAAGCCUUUGUAAGGAACAAACAGAAAAUAUAGUGAUGUUAUUAAAAUUCUUUAUGUAUACUUCAAAUGCAUUCUUUUUACAUUUUAUAUUAGUUAUAAAUGUAAUGUGAUGGACCAGAAACAAACACUCUGCAUAGAUUUUUAUUUACUGAUUCUCAUGGUUUUGUGAUUUGUUAUUGGUAUUCUGCAUCAUAAGAUCAUGCAGUGCACUGGGAAUUAAAGAGUUAUUGCUGCAGAUCUGGUCUCGGAAGAGAAGAAUGAACCACAAUUUGCAGAAGACUUCACUUUUUUUCAUUUCUGUUUUCCAUUAAGAGGGGAAGCUAAAACUUAAUGUAAGUCAUGAGAUUGUCUUUCUUUUUGCCUGCCUUGGUGGCUCCAUGUGCUCACUGGCUGUCUCACCUACAGGAUUAGAGUAAGGCAUUCAGUUUUUAGAUACUCCCUCAUUUAUUUUAUUAGCUUUGAUUCCAAUUAUAUUGUAUUUUGCAUUCCAUUAUCAUAUUUAGUAAAUUAGUUUUCUCCCUUAGAUUGUUACCACUGUUACUGUUUCGGUUUUUUUUUCCCUCAACUAGGCCCAUCUCCAUACUUUUUCCCUUCCCUUUUCCCAGAGCAUGGUCCAUGGUUUUCGGACAGCAACACAUUGGGAAGCUCCACCCCAUUAGUCACAGAAUGAGGCCAGACCAGGGCUGGAAUCAUGGCACUAUUUCUGUGCUCAAACAGGAAGAAAGUUAUGGCAAUAGAAUACCAAGAUUAUUUAAAGUUGUGUAUUGUAUGCAAUUUAACCAUAGAAGUCUUAUGAUUGGAAUUACUAAUCUGUAGAAAGCAUACUUUGGUUAUAUUAUUUUUCAGCUUGAUGGCACACAAGCAGAAAUUUACCUGACCUUCAUUACAGUUUUGACAGCUGCUUUAAAAUAAAUAUGAAAAUCCUGCUAGUUACUUAAAAUACAAUAAGUUAUCAUUAGAAACUGGCAGAACUAUGUCUAGAGCAAUCCUUUUAAAACCAGCAGUAACACAGGGUGUUUUUUAGUACACUGUAGCCAGUUAUCAAUAGGUCUGUUAGCACUGCCCUCAUCUAGUUAAGGAUAACAAUGUCAGCAUGCCAGAAAUGUACUAUGGAGGUUAAAAAUCAACAAUUCUCAAUUUUUUUCUUUCUCUUUUAAAAUAAUUUUUCAUUGUCUGUUCUAGAAUUGUAUUACAGAAUUCCUGGGAUAGGAAUUUAUUGGGAAGAAAAUUAGCUGCUUUGUUAUGUGUACAAAAAUGUUUGUUCAUAUGUAUGUGUUAGAACAUAAUAUUUUACUUCUUGCAGGUAUUUGAAUAUUGUUUUCCCUUGUUCAACCUUGUGGAGUUUGGAGAAUCAAAGUUAGAUUUCAGAACUAAAAAUUCAUAGUUGGUAGCAGAAUUUUCCAGCAUUAUCUGAUGGGUUGCUUCAAAGAUGAAAGAUUAUUUCCUUUUACCACGUAAAUCAUACAAUUUUGUGUGUGACAUCUGUUCAUACAAAAUUUGUGAGCGAAACUAAGAAUUGAAUUUCAGUCUCAUGUCUGAUGACAGGAUCUGAAGAACUGGCUCAACUGGCACUUAGCUCUAUUUCUAAUUUUUUUUGCAUUGUAAGGAUUUUUACCAAUACUUCAUGGCUUAAGUAUCUUAAAAAUAUGUAGUUUAAUUCCAUCAAUUUGUUGCAAGUAAGUUGUGCCUUAACACAUAAUCUUAGGCAGAUUUUACUCCCUCUUCAAACUAGAGAGGGAGGGUUAAUUAUUGUUUCACUGUUGAAAUAAAAUAAGUCAUUGUGAAUAAAAUGGUUGUGUUUUGUCUACUGCAGUUUUAACCAUAUGUGGUGACGGAAAGAAAUGUUCUUCAUUAUCCAGCACAGCUAGUCAAAUACAGGUAUUUUCCCUUAAUAUUUAAGAAUCUUUUGUCUUCAAGUCACUGUUCAAUUUUUCUGUAAUAAUGAGUAUUUCUGUUUUAAUGAAGAAAUUUAGCAAGCUCUAUAAUAAUGUUUUCUAAUAACUAUAAAUCUCAGCCUGAGAUGUUAAUGUCAUUUUAUCCAUACAAAAUCAAACUUGUUCUGUUGAAAGAAUCUGACCACUACAGACAUCUUUAAGUUUCACAGAUGGUAGCCAAAUGUGAGAUCCUCAAAGCACACUUUCCUAGAUGGCUUAAAAGACAAUAUGGAAAAAAAAGUAAUGCUAUGAACUCUGCCUUUAAAAUGAGAUAUGAUACCUUUAAGUUUAACAACAUGGAUUUUUCAUAGGUGAAAAAUAUUAAAUCCAGAAUUACAGCAAUUUAACAUUACACUAAUGCAAGAAAGUACUUGACUUCUCUAAUGAAUGAAGUUAAACUAACAAGCUUAGAUACCUU